CUGAUUUACGACUGAGCUUAAACCAUGACAGUUUUUUUUGGCACCUAAUGUGGGGCAUGAAGGGUUGAGAUAAUGACAGAUCUGACCAGAGUGUGUCUAAUCGUAUCUGUGAUAAGCAUUCAUUGUUUCAGAUUAAUAGUCACUCAUCACAGUGCUGAUUUAUUGGCUCUCAAAGUUGUUGCUCUUGAUCUCACAGUUUCAGCAUGUCAUACCUUUAGUUACAGACUGUAUUUGCUGUGUUAGUGUUUAUCAGGUAGGGGGCUUGGGCUAAGAUUCUUGUUUCAUUGUACUUUGUGAUAAUGACUUGUAAUACAAGUGGGCUCUGGCAGCAGGGUGGGAUGGAUGUGGCCAUUGUCUUGUACCUGGCCAUCCCACUGCUCUUUGCCAUCCUGGCCCUCGUCCUUGCCUCUGUCGUCGUGAGGCUGAGGGGAGCCAAGGGGGAGCAGCCCUGGAAGCUGGCGGUGGCCGAAGUGGCCCAGGAGAGGGGCCCCGGGGACCAAGUGGCUGCAGGAGCGGGAUGGGAGGCCGGGAGGGAGCAGCUGCCAGUGGAGGAGGUUGGGGGGGUCAAGGAGGUGGAGUAGGCAGCUGCCAAGCAGGGAGGACGGGAUGAGGUGGCAGAGGAACCGGGCCCUGCGGCCGAGACCAGCCCCGCGGCGGCCAAGAGCAUCCCCCGGCAGCCGCCCACUGAGCACCACAAGUCCGAGGCCCAGGAGGAUGUGGAGAGCAAGAUACCACCUUUGGGAGCCUUGGCUGGGUCCAGCCUCAGGCAUCCGGGACAAGUGGAGGAUGCAGGAGAUCGUGCAGCAUUUCCCAGUAAGGCAGAGGGGGAAGAUCUGGACUCAGAAAAAGAGAAGCUGGUGAUGGGAGAGCCGGCAAGCACAGCAGCUACACCAGCCCCAAUGACAAGUACAGCAGCAUCAUUUGAGAGUUCUGAAGGUUUUGAAUGGCCUUUGGGUAUCUUUGGGACCUACCUGCUGAUUGUGAUGGGGAUCAGCAUGUUGGCACACAGACAAGAGUGUGUUUUAUCCACAACCAUUUUGUCUGAUCUUGAAAGUUAAGCAGAGUUGGGUUUGGGUCUUGUCUAGGGUUAGACAGCAAUGUAGGAGGACUAAGAGAUUUUCCCCAAGGCUGGACAGUCAUGAGUGGCAGGGUGUGUGGGACAGUAUGGGUGAGUCCUUAGUCCACUGGGCCCCUCCAGUGCUUUGGAAGCAUCAGAGAUGGAAGGCAGCCGUAUGGAGUCCCUAGCGACAACGGCUAAGAUUGAAGUGGCUCAGAUGGACUUAGAUUGGCAACAUAAAGGUGAAUUAUUUUUGGCCUGGUGGGCCCAUGACACUUCAGGCCAUCAGGGCAGAGAUGCAACAUAUAGAUGGGCCCGUGACCGAGGGGUGGACUUAACAAUGGACACUAUUGCCCAGGU